CUCCUUGGCGGUCUGAUCGUGUUCUUGGAUACCUCCCCCUCAGUGAGCUCGAUAGUGGGCUGGGAUGUGGCCCUGACAGUCCACAGAACCGAGUGCCCUUUUCCGAGGCUGAGACAGACGCCAUGUCAUCGCUGCCAGGACACACCCCUUCCUCCCAAGGCUCCUCCUCUUCCUCCGAGUCCCUUAUCUCCUCGGAGCCCAGUGACUCAGGCUUCCACAGUGUCAGCACCGGAGAGCACAGACGACUACAUAAGAUUCAUGGAAGUCAUGCCCACCGACAAACUCACCAUCUCCGCUCAGGCCACUCCCCUCGAGAACAGAGAGGACGCUGGGAUUUGGAGUCCAUCCCUGAGACAACACCGAUGACUCAUUCUGGAGGGCCCCAAGCAUCCCAUUGCACUGUGGGUAACAGCACGACCACAACAGUUCACUUCCACAGAGCAGAGAGGAGUCCCACAUUACCACGGCACCACUCGCCACUUUCCCCACUUUCCCCUUCUGCAGGUUGUCGUACUGAGCCCUGCCAACGGAGGGCGCUGUGGCUGGAGCAGCAGCAGGGAGGAGGCAGGACAAUCGAGGCUCCAGGGCGGAGUCAAACAAUUACAGAUUUGAGUGAAGGGCGGCAACGGCGCAGGGCCAGUCACCCCAAUAUGGCAAAUCCCAACACUCUGAGAAACAGACUCCAGAACAGCCAACCGGGCACUUCCAACAACACGCUGUUGCCGAGGAGCAGGGCCAGUUAUCCCAGUAACUGCCACCCCACCAGUCACCUCAGCAUAGACAGAACCAGUCUGACCAAUAACCAGCACACACUGAGAAACAGUCAGGGCACAAACCGAAGCCGAGAGGAGGACUCCCUCUGUAAGAGUCCUGGAUCCGGAUCCAGUGGAAUGUCAGACUGGCGUGGAUUUCAGACUCUCGGUAAUCAAACCAGCAACUCUAAAGGCUCCUCUGUUCCUUUGUACAGCACACUGGGAGCCCCACAACGGAGCCCUCACUCUCCACCCUCUCCCAGAUCAAAACAGUCCAAUCAGAAGUCAGUCCGGAACCAGCUGCUUAGAGCACGAGCUUAUCGACUGGCCAGGGAACGCAGUGAGGUCACAACAGACGAUGAGGUGCGAGGAGAGGGAGAGAGAGAAGGUGAGGACGAAGGGGAGGAUGGCCAAUGGGCAGGGCGAUACUGGAGCCGCACCGAAAGGAGACGUCACCUGGCGCUCUCACGCCAACACAGGGAGAGGAGGGGAGGAGGAGAAGAGCAGGUGGGCGGACUUCAGGGCUCACUGUCGUCUCAGACGGUCCUGGAGCUGAGCCACAUGAAGCAGAACCGGCUGAGGAACAGCAAACUGCUCGAUGACUGGACGACGGUGGAGGAGCUGCUGACACAUGGGACAAGGGUGGAGAGCGACAGCCAGUUAUGUCCCAGCCCUCUACUAUCGGUUACUACUGUCUAAAGGGAAGAAACUGCAGCUCACUGAUGGACAUGUCCAAUCCAACACUCAGGCCGAAAUUCAUUCAAGGUUCCCGUAAUGAAGACAUGAAAUUAAUGAAUGAGAGAACUGAAAAACAAGGACAAAAGUACUGCAGGACCUCAAGUGGAAAACCACCAACCAGAACACAUGAACGGAAACUGUGAGUAUGACAGUCUUGCCGACGGUGGAGGAACGUAUUGAAUCUGAAUGGAGUUUAAAUCAAGAUCUAACAAGAAACUCGAAACCAACAUUUGCUGUAGAAAUUAGUUUCUGCAGGUCUGUACAAGUAAAGGGUCACUGAAGAGGCUGCAUGGUCUGAAGCUCAUGCAGUGUUAACAGACUCAUUGGAUGAACCGGCUGGAUUCUUCAGACACCAGACUGCCUGUGACUGGUCAAAAAUACCACACAAUCACACAGUCGUGUUGCCUUGUGCGAGUGUCUCCAUUUUCUUUUCUGAUUUUACUGCCUUUGUUUCCAUUUCUGUGCCACAAAAAGUCAACUCUCUCAAACUGUUGGGCCACUCUGCUUCCUAUAAGCUUGUUGGAGGAAUUCUGCAUGACCAAACAGCAUCUAAAUCUCUUAAGACACUGUUUGACCAGAGUGUUUGUUUUUAGUCAUCACUUUCACCGGUUUCUCCUGGGUGAUUUAUUUUUUAAUCUGCCCUCAUGCAGACUGGGAGUGUAAAUAAAUGAGACCCUUUAGAGAGGGCUCACAAGUCUCCACGCAGCACCAUGUACAUCUGGGUUUCUGUCUGUCGGGCUCCUAGAAUCCUGCUGCAGAUCUGUUUAGCAACUGAAAUUGGGUCUGAUGUGACACAUGUCAUAAAUCAGUUAAGUUCACAUUCUCGUUAAAGCUUAUUCACUUUCAAGGAUUGUGUUUUUAUGUUAAAUGUGAAGCUACAGCCAUGAGCAGUUAGCUUAGCAUAAAGACUGGAAGGCGCACGAGACGUUAGCCUUCAGGAAUUUUUAAUCAGAAGGCUUUCUCCCAAUAAGUCACUAAAGCUUUCUGACAGACAGAGCCGUCUGACAGAAGCUGUA